CAUUUUCUCCGCCACCACUCCACUGCCGUGACACUACUGUCCCGCUGCAUUCUUCCCCUUCUCCUUCUUUUGCUACUGCUACUGCUGCUACUGUUGCUGCUACACCCGGCUAUACUCGGUCGUAUCAAGCCCAUCUCUGCCUGUAGCCGUCUCCCAGCCCAAGCGACCCCGCCAUCCCCAGCGGCUUUGUAAUUCACUCCUGUCCACGCACACACACACUAAACAUGGCCGCCAUACAGAAUUUUAAGAACUUCCUGCGCCAUGGCAAACAGGCCCGCCACAACGCUGAGCCCACGACAAAUGUAUCCAAUGUCCAUGCCCAGUCGCAACAUCAACGCUACAACCAGGCUCCCGAGCCCGCGCAUCAUGGCAUCUCAGAGCCCGUAAUGGACCACAAGCCCCUCCAAAACAACCCUGCUCCCCAUGGUGACUACUCGGUCGGCGCUGGCGCUGGCGACAACCGUCACAUUGCCGCUCAAGCAGGCGACGCCGCCGCUCGUGCCGUUGCCGACAACCAGAAGAAGCAGGCUGCCGCAAAGGGCGCCGGUGUUGACCCCUCCGUACUCGAGCGCAUUGUUGCAGAGGAGCGUGAGGCAAAGGGCAAGCUGCCCAGAUACCCAGGCCUCGAACGCUGGACCCUGCUCGAGAAGAUGGGUGACGGUGCCUUCAGUAACGUCUACCGCGCACGAGACAACACUGGCCAAUGGGACGAAGUCGCCAUCAAGGUCGUUCGUAAGUUCGAGAUGAACUCACAGCAGAGAGCAAACAUCUUAAAGGAAGUACAAAUCAUGCGCCAGCUCGACCACCCCAACAUUGUCAAGCUCAUUGACUUUUCCGAAUCACGGCAAUAUUACUACAUUGUCCUCGAGUUGUGCCCCGGUGGUGAACUGUUCCACCAAAUCGUUCGCCUUACCUACUUUUCAGAGGACCUUUCUCGCCACACCAUCAUCCAAGUCGCCAAGGCUCUGCAAUAUCUGCACGAGGAGGCAGGUGUUGUACAUCGAGACAUCAAACCUGAAAACCUUCUCUUCUACCCAAUUCCAUUUGUCCCCACCAAAACCCCCAAGCCAAGAGGGCCUGAUGAUGAGGACAAGGCUGAUGAGGGCGAGUUCGUCAAGGGUAAGGGUGCUGGUGGCAUCGGCCUGAUCAAAGUUGCCGACUUCGGUCUCAGCAAAGUCAUUUGGGAUACCCAGACAAUGACACCUUGCGGUACUGUCGGUUACACCGCUCCUGAGAUUGUCAAGGACGAGCGCUACUCCAAGAGUGUUGACAUGUGGGCACUGGGUUGCGUGCUCUACACUCUUCUUUGCGGCUUCCCACCCUUCUACGACGAGUCCAUCCAGACUCUUACCGAGAAGGUCGCGCGUGGCCAGUACACUUUCCUUUCUCCAUGGUGGGACGACAUCUCCAAGUCUGCCCAAGACCUGGUGUCCCACCUACUGACAGUAGACCCCGAGAAGCGUUAUGACAUCAACCAGUUCCUCAACCAUCCAUGGAUACGUGAGGCUGACGAGCCUACUUACUCUGCUUACGAUGCACCACCUCUUGCAACACCUGCUGCCAAGAAGGAGCGUCUUCAGCCAGACUUUACCCACCUUGAGUCACCGGGCGCCCGUCGCAUGGACUUCCGUUCACCUGGAGCCGUCAACCUUCGAGAGGUUUUCGAUGUCAGUUAUGCUGUACAUCGUCAAGAAGAGGAGGGAAAGAGGAAGAAGCAGUUCAAGCAAGGAUACCGUGGAGCAAACGCUAUGAACUCUUUGAAUGCACUUGACGAGAACGAAGACGAUGAUGAGUACACUGCCGAGUCCGUACCAUACGAUUCCUCGUCACAACAUCCACCAGCGAAGCUUCCCAAAUCGCAAGGUGCCGACGUAUCUGGUAUGGAGCAGAAGAUGCGCAACACCACACUAUCCGCCGCAGCCCAAGCACGUCAACAACAAGCAGCACCACAACAACGGGGCUAUGGUCAGCAUUCUGCCGCUGUCGCAGCGGCGGCUAAGCGCCAGGUCAAGAACAAGGGUGCCUUUGAACUCAACAUGGACACAUCGAGUAUUCUGGGCCGCCGAGCCAAGAAGGGGCCUGCGCCUAGCGGUCUAAGAAACAACAUCUCUGUUGGCGGAACAUGACAAGCAUCGUCGCUCACAGAGGAUUGGUGAGAGCUGGCUCGCUUUUGACGAUGGGGAUGCUAUGAGAUGUCAUGAUGGCGUAGAGUGUUUUUU